GUGCCUGGGGCUGGGGUUGUGGGCACCGCCCCUGUGGUCCCUUCCCAGGCGACCUCCGGCACCUCAUUCUGAGCCUCUUGGAAGAGAAAGGGCUAAAAUAGGGCAAGUUGCUAACGUUGGUUGAGGACCAGUCUCUUUCACCUGCGAGGAUCGUUUAAUCUACAGUUCAUCCCUGAGAGAGAUAACCAUUGUGUGAUUUGAACCAGAAAUGAAAUCUUCUGAAAGCUAAGAGCGGAAGCCUUUUUGGUCAACAUGGAGGACAAAAGACGGCGAGCCCGAGUACAGGGAGCCUGGGCUGGCGCUAAGAGCCAGGCCAUUGCUCAACCAGCUACCACUGCUAAGAGCCGUCUCCACCAGAUGCCUGGCCAGACCUGGACGAACAAGGAACAUCCUCUGUCAGACAAACAGUUUGUGUUCAGAGAACCCCAGCAGGUGGUACGCAGAGCUCCAGAGCCACGAGUGAUCGACAAAGAGGGUGUGUAUGAAAUCAGCCUGUUACCCACAGGUAUAUCUAGGGUGUGCUUGUAUCCUGGCUUUGUUGACUUAAAAGAAGCUGACAGGCUAUUGGAACAGCUUUGUCAGGAUAUUCCCUGGAAACAGAGGACCGGCAUCAGAGAGGAUGUAACUUACCAGCAACCAAGACUUACAGCAUGGUAUGGAGAACUUCCUUACACUUACUCAAGAAUCACUAUGGAACCAAACCCUCACUGGCAUCCCAUGCUGCGCACACUAAAGAACCAAAUUGAAGAGAACACCGGCCACACCUUCAACUCCUUGCUCUGCAACCUUUACCGAAAUGAGAAGGACAGUGUGGACUGGCACAGUGACGACGAGCCCUCACUCGGGAGGCGCCCCAUCAUCGCUUCGCUCAGCUUGGGUGCCACGCGCACUUUUGAGAUGAGGAAGAAGCCGCCAUCAGAGGAGAAUGGAGACUACACGUACAUGGAAAGAGUGAAGAUCCCCUUGGAUCACGGCACCUUGUUAAUCAUGGAAGGAGCCACACAAGCUGAUUGGCAGCAUCGAGUGCCCAAAGAGUACCACUCGAGAGGACCGAGAAUAAACCUGACCUUUCGGACAGUGAAUCCAGACCCUAAAGGGGCACGCUGGUGAUGCGGAAUCUUUGAGAGAGAAGCUGUGCUGACACUGAGCAGACCUUCCACCGUGGAGAAACUUGGAGAGGCUGGUCCAGCUGGUGGCCGUUUGGGAGAUGAGGGUGGGAUUGGCUUCCUAGUCCUGCUAAGUGACAAACAGCAGCUCAUAUUCAUAAUAUGUUUACUGUGGGAACAGUAAUCCCUAAUCACAUCUUGAAAGCACAUAUUUUCUUUAGGCGAAUUAAAAACCACCAUGGCUAUGUUCACGGA